AUGUCCGGUAAUUUCGGUUUAUCGCGGACUUUAAGAAGAACCGGUAGUUUCCCCUCCGCCAGGACCGUGAGGAUCGUGAUUCUGGGACAGAGCGCAGUCGGUAAAACAGCGCUGGCGGUUCGAUUUAUCACCCGGAGGUUUAUCGGCGAGUACGAUCCCACGCUGGAGACCAUCUACAGGCAUGAGGUGACCAUCAGAGGUGAACCUGUGAACUUUGAGAUCCUUGAUACAGCAGGACAGGAGGAGGACGCGCUCCUGAUGGAGGAGAAGAUCAAAUGGGCGGACGGUUUCGUCGUGGUUUACUCGGUCACCGACCGCUGCAGUUUCGACGAGGUGAUGCGCCUGUGCUUCCUGGUCAAUCACAUCCACAGCAGGCGGAGCUCCUCCUCCGAGGCCCCGCCCAUCUCCAUCGUGGCCAAUAAGAAGGACCUGCAGUUCGACCGGAUGGUCACCGUGGAGGAGGGCGAGGGUUUAUCGCACAGCCUCAGAGUCCCGCUGCGCGAGAUCUCCGUCCGGGACGGGUGGGAGGAGACGGCGGGGAUCUUUCACGCCCUCUACGCCCACGUCGUGCAGCAGAUGGAGGCGUCGCCGCCCUCGUUUCGGAGACGCGGCGUCUCCAGGCUGAUGGAGAAGAUUCCCAGGAUUCAUUCCAACGCGGCGCUGGGAUCGACAGGACGAAGCUUCAGCUUCAGCUCCUUCAGGGAUCUGCUGCCCGACUGAGAGACCCUCGUAUUCCUCACCGCGGUACAACCAACAUCUGAGAGUUUUCACACCGGACUCUGAUGUGAAAGGUGCAAGAGAUUCACUGUAUGGUCAAAAGUAUUGGGACGCCCCUUCUUAUUAUUGUAUUCAUGUGUUUUAGACACAACAAUUGCAAACGGGUGUAAUAAAUCAAUCAUAUAAAGGAAAUCACAAGCUUCUGAUGU